AUGAUCAACUACAUCCUGCUAGUGUCACGACAAGGCCCGUCACCUUCCUCUAAUCCAUCAAAGUGCAAAGUACGCCUUGCAAAAUGGUUCUCCACCAUGCCGCCCAAGCAAAAAGUCAAGAUCGUAAAGGACGUCACUCAGCUCGUCCUGGCUCGGCGCACGCGGAUGUGUAAUUUCCUGGAGUACAAGGACACCAAGGUCGUAUACCGCCGAUAUGCAUCAUUGUUCUUCGUUUGUGGGAUUGCCUCAGGAGAUAACGAACUCAUCACGCUGGAGAUUAUUCACCGUUACGUCGAGGUUUUGGACCGUUAUUUUGGAAAUGUAUGCGAGCUGGACCUGUACGUUUUGAAACUUUUAUUGGCCAUAUCGUCUUCUCAUAUCACUCGGCAGAUCCUGGACGAGCUCGUGAUCGCAGGAGAGAUGCAGGAAUCCUCCAAGAAGUCGGUGCUGCGCGUGGUCACACAGUCAGAUAGUGUCGAAGAGCAAGAGUCCUCCGAGGACAUCAUAGGUCGUUUGGGAGCUGCACGCGGUUAG